AUGGCCUUGUUCCCAAUCUAUGAGGAUGGUUAUCUUCCGGGACCCAAUCAUGAGCAAGAUUCAUCCUUCUUGUAUGAUGAUUACCCCACUUCACCCCCAGUCUAUAUACAAGAGGUACCAUAUGAAGAUGAACCUUAUAAAGAUAUCAACAUUCAAGACUCAUAUGUGGAAUAUGAAAAAGAAGAGGAUGAAUUGCCUGAAGCUUGGAUUCCUUACUCUGGCCAUACUGAGCUUCCGCCUGGGAGUGGCAACCAACAGGUAAUUAUUGGUGCACCAUUCCCUCAACCUUCAGAUUUAAAACAACAUUAUUGUGAUCUGUAUCCUGAAGAAUGUCAUAAAAUUGGAGGAGUUUUGGAGAGGAACAACACUAGUGGUAAUGGAACUAUAGAAAGUGAUAUGCGGGAGAAAACUGGUCUGAGCCAUGUUGAUCUAUCUGGAUGUGGGUUAGCUCUGCUCUUGUUAUUACUACUCUUACUUGGGUUGAAUGGAGGAUGGUCAGGGGAUAAAGCUAGUAAAGAUAGAGAAGGGUUAGGUAAAUCUGAUGGGAGGGGAGGUAAAAGUGAUAGAGACAGUAGAGACAAAAAUGGUAGAGAUGGGAAAAGCAAAAAAAGGGAAGAUGAAGAGAAGAACAAGAAGAAUAGAGAUAGAGAAUCAUCAGGCAAAGAUGAUAAAGGGAAACCAAACAGAGAGGACAGAAGUAGAAACAAGAAUAGUGAAACACCUGAAGAAAGAGACAAGAGGAAGGCAGCUGAAAGAGCUGAGAGACAAAAAAAAGAUGGAGAAAUGGAAGGGGAAACAGAAGAAAAAGGAGGAAAGAAGAAUGGAGGAAAGAGAGGAAAGGAGAUAAGAGAAUGGAAGAAUAGAAAGAAGAGGAAAGGGAAAUGA